AAUGACAGUGAUGCAGGGACAAGGCCCCUUGGAUAUAGUUUAGGGACCUCACAGCCAUACGGACAUUUGCCCGCUGGGGAUUAUGGACAAAAACAGCCCUAUAUAGACACUGCCCCCAUGGGGUAUUAUCACAGUGCUGCAGGGACACUGCCUCCCGGGGGUGGGAAAUCGCAGUGCUGCAGAGACACUGCCUCCCUUUGGUGGGAUGGAGGUCUAACUGAUGUGCAGCUACACAACCCACCGUGGGUAUUACCCCAGUGUGGCUGGCCUGGUGCAUGUUCACGUUCCCCCUGGGGGGCCGUAUGUAUGUCUUCCCUCUGGGCUCUGCUGUAGCCUUGGCUCACCCAGGGUGGCCAUGGGCUCUGAUAGCACUCUCCUGCUGCCCCAACCCUGCACCAGGGCAUGUGCGCCACCUGCCGGCUCAGCUGUUUCCAAAGUCCUUCGGUCCCCCGCCCGCAGUGCCCGGCUUCUGGAGCUGUGAAAGGGCCAAGGGUUGGCUGCAUGGUCCGUGGCUCCAACCUGACAGGGCAGCUCUAGGAGUCAUGCAAGUUAUUGCAAAAGGAGGAGGAGAUAAUUGGCCGAGUCCUGCCAGAGCUAGGCAUAGAGCAGUUUCACAUCCUGCCCCCACCCCCGGUCGAUAUGGUCAUGCGGGGGGAGGUCACUUUUAUUGAAGCCCAGGAACUUUUGGUGGCAGGGAGCUGAAACCCCCAUGAGCUGGGUAUGUGUUGGGGGUGAGCACUGCUCCCCUGUGCCCUGCCUGGGAUCCUUAAAUGGUAACCCUUACCCUCCCCAGAGCUGCAUUAUUGGCUUUUGGCCCAGAUGCAAAUAUUUGCACAGCGGGGGCGGUGAGGGAAAGAGAGCUCAGGGCACAGCCCUGCUUGGACAGUCCAGCCUCAGCCUGACCGUUUCUGUACAGGCUCUGCGACAGUCCCUGAGGCGCAGCAGGAUGAUUCAGGCCAGAGCAGUGCUGCUGCUUGCCCUGGCCUGUGCCCUCAGCACAGGUAGGAGUGCCCGCCUCGGGCAACCAGGACCUGCUGUGAGCCUGCUCUCUCAGCUGGUCAGGGACUAGGGCAGAGAGCCCUUUUGGAAUUGGCAUGAGGUCCAACAAAUGCCUCUCCCUCCUGCAGCUCAGUACUGCUGGCAAAUGCCCUGCUGAGGAGGUCUGGGAGCAGGCAGCCAAGAGGAGUAGGGCACAGGGGAGACCAUAAGGAAAAGCCCCAUCAGGCAGAGCAUGAACAGCCGCUCUCCCCUUAGUGCUCAAGCCCCACAGAGGAAAGGACUCUGACCAGCAUAGCUGGGUCAUGGCUCCAGCCAAAAGGGGAGAGGGAAGUGGACAACAAUGAGCAGCAGUGCCCCUGAGUGGGGCCAGGCCAUGGGCUCUGUGGGGCAGGAAUGCUGGCAGAGCCUUUAGGGCAGUGCCCCAGCCACUGAUUGCACUCACACAUGUGCUCUGUCCUAGCUUGGCUGGUCAGCCGGUGCUGGCUGGGGCUCUGGCAUGUUUUCUCCCCUGUGUUUGGGCAAAGACGUGCUGAGACCUCUCAGACAGGGCCCCCUGGUGCUGAGGCAUUCCCACUGGAACCCCAGCCUUGGCCCUGACCUAGCACUUAACAGACCAGACUAUGGCUGAGAAUUUUAGAUGAUACAAAACACAGCUUGAAACAGCCCCUUGCUGUAGCCAUUGAUGUGGCCAGUCGCACUGCCGGCCCCACUGCUGAUCACCCGGCCAACCUGCCAGCCCCUCUGCCUGCCCACAGCUGACCCCUCUACUGACCCUACUGAUGGCCCACCAGCCCUGCUGCCGGCACACUGGCCCCGCUUGUGGACUGCUGGCCCCUCUACCAGCCCCACUGACAGCUCCGCUGCCUGUCCAUAGCUCUGCUGCCAGCCCAGGCACUUCUGCCUCCCUGGCCCCAGUGCAUCUCUGGACCCCUCUCUGUUCCAUGCCCAGGGCAGGGAGAGAGGCCAAAGCUGGGCACCCUCAGCCAUGUGGUUACCAGGAGUGUGUCUCUUGAUGUAUACCCCAGGGCAAUGGCGCUCCCCUCUCAAUGACUUCCAAAGGCUCAAAGCAACCCAGCUGCUACCCCUGAGCCAGCGAGGCUCUGGCCCAGAGCAGGAUGAGCCUUCAGACACUGAGGAGUGUGCCAGGCGCUGCACGGUACUGCUGGACUGCAGGGCCUUUCACUUCAACCACCAGCGCCAUAGCUGCCAGCUACUGCCAUGGACCCAGCACUUGGCAGACAUCCACAUUAAGAGGAAUGUCCACUAUGACCUCUACCAGAAGAAAGAUUAUAUGCAGAAUUGCAUUAGGGGAGAUGGGAGGAGCUACCGGGGCAUGCGGUCCACGACGGAGGAGGGGAAGAACUGUCAACAGUGGAGGCUGAAGUUUCCCCAUGAUCACAGGUUUUUGCCCUCUCUGCGGAACGGCCUGGAGGAGAACUACUGCCGGAACCCAGACAGAGAUGAGCGGGGUCCAUGGUGCUAUACCACGGACCCGGCCGUCCGGCACCAGAGCUGUGGUAUCAAGAAGUGUGAAGAUGACAUGUGCGUGUUGUGUAAUGGGGAAGAUUACCGGGGACUGGUGGACCACACGGAAUCCGGGCGGGAGUGCCAGCGCUGGGACCUGCAGCACCCCCACAAGCACCCAUACCAUCCCCACAAAUACCCUGAGAAGGAUCUGGAUGACAAUUACUGCCGCAACCCUGACAGCUCCGUGGGCCCCUGGUGCUACACCACAGAUCCUGCCCGGGAGCGGGAAUACUGCCACCUCCGCAAAUGCAAAGCAGAGAAAAGCCCACGAGUGGCAGACACCACCACCAGCUGCUUCAAGCACAAAGGCGAAGGCUACCGGGGCAAGGUGAACGUCACCACGUCAGGAAUCCCCUGCCAGCGCUGGGACGCCCAGACCCCCCACCGGCACCACUUCCGGCCCGAGGAAUACGAGUGCAAGGAUCUACGGGAGAAUUACUGCCGGAACCCUGAUGGCUCAGAGGCCCCCUGGUGCUUCACCAGCCUGCUCAGCAUGCGCGUCGCCUUCUGCUUCCAGAUCAAACGCUGCACCGAUGAGGUGGAGGUGGAGGACUGUUACCAGGGAAAUGGUGAACUGUACAGAGGCAAGAUCAGCAAGACCCGGAAGGGCAUCACUUGCCAGAAGUGGUCAGCAGGCUCGCCCCACACACCCCAGAUCUCUCCCGCCAUGUUCCCCGCCAUGAGCCUGGAGGAGAAUUAUUGCCGGAACCCCGACAACGACAGCCAUGGGCCCUGGUGCUACACCAUGGACCCCAGCACCCAGUUUGAUUACUGCGCCAUCAAGCCCUGCGCAGGUGACAAGACGCCAUCCAUCCUGGAGACUGUAGAUAAUGUGGUCUUUGCCGAGUGCGGAAAGAGGGAAGAACGCCUCCAGCUGAAGGGCCGUAUAGUUGGGGGGCGCCCUGGGAACUCACCUUGGACUGUCAGCAUCCGCAACCGGAAAGGAGUGCAUUUCUGUGGAGGAUCACUGGUGAAGGAGCAAUGGGUCAUCAGCACGCGCCAGUGCUUCUCCUCCUGUGACACUGACUUGUCUAGCUACGAGGUCCAACUUGGGACCCUCUUCAAGGACCCCAGUCCCAGUGACCCCGACAAACAGGCUGUCCCCAUACUGAAACUUGUCUGCGGGCCCUCCGCGUCUGACCUGGUCCUGCUGAAACUGGCCAGGCCAGCGACUCUGAACAAGCGGGUGGCUCUCAUCUGCCUCCCACCAGAGCGGUUCGUCGUUCCCGAGAACACAGAGUGCGAAAUCGCUGGAUGGGGUGAAACCGGAGGUACUGGCAACAAAACUCUGCUCAAUGUAGCCAAGCUACCCGUGAUGAGCAACAAGGAGUGCAACAUGGCGCUCAGAGGCCAGGUGAAGGAGAGUGAGCUGUGUACUGCGCCCCUGCGAGCUGGGGUGGGGGCCUGUGAGGGCGACUAUGGGGGGCCGCUGGCCUGCCUGACCCAUGACUGCUGGGUGCUGGAGGGCGUCAUCACCCCUAUGCGUGUGUGUGCCCGCAAGGACAAGCCAGCCGUCUUCACUCGUGUGUCGCUCUACGUCGAUUGGAUCAACAAAGUGAUGAGGAUGCUCUGAGCUUGUGGGGGCCCCAGCUCAACCCCCUAAAGAGCUCAGCGCUGCUUUCCUCUCCGUCUGGUGAUGGCUGUGGGCUCUGAGAUGUACGUUCACCAAUGGCAAACUGUGCCAAGCCCUCGCAGCAUCCUCAGGCAAGGCUCUGAGUCCAGAUUAUCUGUCCCAUGUGCUGAGAGCAACCCAGGUCAGCCCGUCCCUGAGCUAUGGCCACCGGCCCUAGGACAGGGGGUACUCAUGGUUACUAUAUUGGCUGAUUUCAAUAAACUGCUCAAGGUG